UUUAAUUACAAUUAUUUUGUGAUUUUAAUUUUGUUUACUUAUUCCAGCUACAGCUAGAAAAAAGCUGAUAGAGCUUGAUAUUUAAUCAUGCUUAUGACACAAGAGAAUGUUAAAAAAUUUCUAAUUAUUUGAAGUGAAUCUUUAGGCAUUCACUUAAGCUCUGUACAAAACCUCAUAAAAUUAUUAGAAUGCAGUCAUUCCUGAUUCAACAAUUAUGAUUGUCCAACAAAAUGGAUGAAGAAACGUACAAUUCAUUCAUGGAAUACUUACAAAAUGAGCAGUAUCCAGCCCACACCAAGUACUAUUUGAAAGCAACUGAGAAAAUGAAUCGACGCAAUUGGCGACUCAAGUGUAACAAAUAUUUCCUUAGAGAUGGUAAGCUGUGGCAUCGACAAGGCAGCACUGAGCUGCAGGUUGUGUGUGGGGCUGCAGCAGCUAACAAAAUAAUAGCUCAUAUUCACAAUGAACAUCAGAAACCAGGCUGCUGCAAAGGCAUCAACAGGACGCGAGAGAUCUUGACAAAAAGAUUUUUCUGGAAAGGGAUGAGCAGCGACGUAGGCAAAUAUAUUGCUGAAGAAUGUGGGAUGUGCUCUCCUCAAACCCGCAGAGCUAAAUCUAAGCAGAGUGUGUUGCCAGAGCAGCAGAGUAUGUUGCCAGAGCAGCAGAGUGUGUUGCCAGAGCAGCAGAGCUGGUUGCCAGAGCAGCAGAGCAUGGUGCCAGAGCAGCAGAGUAUAGUGCCAGAGCAGCAGAGUAUGGUGCCAGAGCAACAGAGCUGGUUGCCAGAGCAGCAGAGCAUGGUGCCAGAGAGGCAGACCAUGAACACAGAGCAACAGAGCUCGUUGCCAGAGCAACAGACAUGUUGCCAGAGCACAGCAAGUGUGCCGUCGGAGUAGCUAAGUCUGUUCGAACUUGACUUGAUGAUAGUGACAAACCAACAAACUUUUGGCUGUGGUUCAUUUCCUAUUAGAGUCAAUUUGUUUGACGCCAUGUUUACUUAAUAUUAAGCAAUAUGAGGUUAUUCUCGCAGUUACACAUAACGUGUAAAAAAGAAUAGUUACUAGUUUAUCAUCCAAAAACUAGAUAUGUAUGAGAUCUUAUAAUCUCAUACGAUGAAAAUAAAAAUUAUACAAUUAGGCAGGCAGGACGAUGAUAGCACUUUAAUGAAUAUAUUAAUAAUGUCGUCAGUACAACAAAUUAAGUGCCUUGUUUGUUGUUAAUGAAAAGUGAUGAAAAUAAAUUAAAAAAUAA